AUGGCAAACAACCAGGAGGCCGGAAAGAAGGACCCGCUUACGGGUAUGGCGCACUCUGAGGCGCAUUACUUCAACAGCUAUAACCACCAUGGUUCGUACCGAGCCGCUGUUGUUUACGAGAAUGUCACUAAUCCGCGUAUGAAGGCAUCCACGAGGAGAUGUUGGUAUGCAGACCCCUCGAAAGACGAAGUCCGGACUAAGAGCUACCGCGAUGCCAUCUACCAGAACCCUCACCUGUUCAAGGACAAGGUCGUCCUCGAUGUCGGAUGCGGUACUUCCAUUCUCAGCAUGUUCGCCGUCAAGGCCGGCGCAAAGCACGUCAUCGGCGUUGACAUGUCGACCAUCAUCGACAAGGCGAAGGAGAUUGUUGAGGUCAACGGCAUGUCGGACAAGAUCACCCUGCUGCAAGGCAAGAUGGAGGAGGUUGUCCUGCCCUUUGACAAGGUCGACAUCAUAAUAUCCGAGUGGAUGGGUUACUUCCUGCUGUACGAGUCCAUGUUGGACACCGUUCUAUACGCGCGUGACAAGUACCUGGUCAAGGAUGGCUUGAUCUUCCCCGACAAGGCCACCAUCUUCAUGGCCGGUAUCGAGGACGGCGACUACAAGGAGGAGAAGAUUGGGUUCUGGGACAACGUCUGGGGCUUCGACUACUCGCCGCUCAAGGCCACGGCCAUGACUGAGCCGCUCGUUGACACCGUCGACAUCAAGGCCGUCGUCACCGACCCCUCUCCAGUCAUCACUCUCGACCUCUACACCUGCACCGUUGCGGAUCUAGCUUUCAGGUUACCGUACGAGCUCAAGGUACGCCGCAACGACUUCGUCCACGCCGUCAUCGCCUGGUUCGACAUUGAGUUUGCCGCCUGCCACAAGCCCAUCCGCUUCUCCACAGGCCCCCACACAAAGUACACACACUGGAAACAGACAGUCUUCUACCUCAGGGACGUGCUCACCGUCGAGGAGGGCGAGAAGAUUACCGGUAUCCUCGAGAACAAGCCCAGCGAGAAGAACCACCGUGAUUUGGACAUUUCCAUCUCGUACAAGCUCGAGACCGAGGACAUGCACAGGCAGGCUACUGGCCAGGCACAGUACAAGAUGUGUUGA